CCUGAGGCCGGAAAUGAAGCCCAUUAGCCCUUUUCCCUCUAGGGCUCUUCUGGGAUCUUCAUCGUCUACCAAUUUCAAGGUGCAGUCUCAAUCCCGCUACAAAUUUCUUCAAACCCACUAAUUUGAUUCGAAAAACCAAUAAACAAAAAGAUGGGUAUGUUGUAGGGUGAAAUUUGCAUCUGAAUGAAAUCAAUUUCAUUUGAAAAUGAGCUUGAUUACGAGAUCAUCAAGGCACCAUUUUCUCUCCACUUUCUGUAGAAACUCAGCGAUUUUCUCGAGAAAACUGAGCCAGGCCGCUGCCAACAAGGUCGACGAUGAGUCCGAAGAAGAAGUAGAAAUCGACCAAAGAAGGCUUCCAGCCGAUUACGACCCGGCAAACUUCGACCCCACCCAGCACCGGAGCCCACCCACCGCCAGAGUCUUCAGGCUCGUUGACGAAAUCGCCGGGCUCACGCUCGUCGAAGUGGCUGAGCUCUCCUCGAUUCUAAGGAAGAAGCUGGGCAUGAAGGAACCCCCAGUUGUUGCGAUCAUGAAACCUGGGGCGGCGGCUGCUGUUUCAGGCGGGGGAAUGAAGGCGGCGUCGGCGGCCAAAGAGGAGAAGAAGCCGGAGAAGACUGUGUUCGAACUGAAGCUUGAAUCAUAUGAGGCGGCUUCGAAGAUCAAGAUAAUUAAGGAGGUUAGAAGUUUUACUGAUUUGGGUCUCAAAGAAGCCAAGGAUUUAGUGGAGAAGGCGCCGUCUGUACUGAAGGCUGGAGUGUCCAAGGAAGAGGGUGAGCAACUUGUGGAAAAAUUAAAGGCUCUGGGUGCCAAAGUCGUUCUGGAAUGAAUGGGUAAUUCGUUUUUCUCUUUGAAGUUUCCGGAUUUUUGUUAUUGUGUUCAUCUCUUAGCUGAGAAAGCUGCAACUCUUUAUUCAAAAUGCUCCACUUCACCUAGAUUCUGCGACACAACACUCAUUACCAGAGCUUUCCAUUAUUUUCUUUUUCAUUUUCCUGAAGGAUAUAUGAUAAUGACGUGAGAAGUGGAAUUUUUUUAGUUGUAUUUUGAAUAAUAUAGUUUUGACAUUUUCAUUUGGUGAAGAUCACCUGGUAGACACCUUGUUGUUUGUCAUGAGAUGUGCUUGUUAAUGGUGGAAGAAUUGGUGUCUCCUUUAUUUGCA